AAAUAAUCAAAAUAGUAAGAAUAAUGUGAACAAAGCAAAAAAUAGAUCUCGCCCCAAUCCCCCAAGUUCCUUUGAGUUACACCCUAGUCAAUUUCGCUGCUCUGAGGAAGGAGACGCAGCCAAAAACAACUGUAGUAGAAAGCAGAGACAGUAGAAUAAUCUUUGAGGCCAAGGGCAGGCAGGGAGAUGUUGGCGAGGAGGUUGUUUUCUUUCUUCAAGAGCUCACCGUCUUCACAGCUCUCCAGCACAACUUCUGUGAAUGAUGAAAAGAGCAAAGCUUUUGGUCGUAAAGCUGUGUCUUUCAUCUUGAUUACUGUUACUGGUGGUGUUGCUCUGAGUGCUCUUGAUGACCUUGCUAUCUAUCAUAGCUGUAGCAGCAAGGCAAUGGAGAAAGCCGGUAAGAAUCAGGCAAUUAUAGAUGCAUUAGGGGAACCAAUCAAGAAGGGACCGUGGUACAAUGCAUCUCUAGCAGUGGCUCACAAAAGGCAUUCUGUAUCUUGCACAUUCCCUUUGUCUGGACCCCAAGGCAGUGGAGUCUUACAAUUAAAGGCAGUAAGAAAUGCAGAUGAUAGCUGGUAUUCCUUUCUCCGACCUCGAGACUGGGAAAUCCUAAUCAUGGAUGCUCUCCUCCAUUUACCCGGAAAUGAAGAAAAGCAGCAAACACUACGUAUUAACAUCUCCGACAGCUCCCCUGCCUCAGCUUGUGUAGCAUGCACUGCUACAGCUUGCAGGCCCCAGGUAUCUGAGGACCCUGAGAAGAAAUCAGAGGCCAAAUCAUAGAAAAAGAAUAAAAUAUGAGACACAUCUUGUUUUAUGGGAUUUCUUUAUUUGUUGUCAAAAUCAAACCUCCAGUCUUCUUGGAGUUGAAAUUCUUUGGAACUUAAGAUUUUUCUCAAUAAAAAUUCAAAACAACA